AUGAGGGCCUCCCUUUUCGGCCUCGCCGCCUUCGCCGCCCUGGCCUCGGCCAACAUCGACUUCACGUGGACCCAACCUCCAUGCGACCACGUGACCAAUCCCGGCAACUGCUUGACUGGCCAGAAAUGCUCGACGAACAACACCUGUGUGGCAGAAUGUGACGAUCCCCACUCCAAGCUCGCAUCCCUCUCCUCCCGCUCUUCCCGGAGGUUUGUUCCUGCCAAGAGGCAGGCUGCCAAGUACUCGCCCGAUGGAAAGUGCGGUGCUCAAAAUGGCAACAUGCUCUGCGACCCCAAGAGCACAGUCUACACGGGCACGUGCUGCUCGUCGUACGGCUGGUGUGGUAACACUGCAGCCCACUGCACCACCGGCUGCCAGUCUGGCUGUGAUAACAAGGCCACUACUCCCACGACUGGUGGCGCCGGCGUUAGGGGCGACGGCCGAUGUGGAAAGGACUUUGGUGGUGCCACUUGUGAUGCCAACGGCGCCUACGGUGGCUGCUGCUCCGAGUACGGCUACUGCGGUAAGACCGAAGGUCACUGCCUCAAGGCCAACGGCUGCCAGAGCGGCUGCUUGGAUGGCUCUGCCCAGACCACUCCUGCCGGCUCUCCUGCCGGCUCGCGUCCUCCAUCCUCCACGACCUCUGGCGAGCCUGUUCUCGGCAAGCCCACUCCCGGCAGCAACCCCAAUGGCGUUGCUACUACUGACGGAAGCUGCGGUGCCAAGUUUGGCAACACUGUCUGCGGCAGCUGGAUCAAGGGCAGCUGCUGCAGCAUGUACGGCUACUGCGGUAACACCACUGCUCACUGCGGUGAAGGUUGCCAGAGCGGUCCUUGCAAACAGGCUCCUACUGUCCCCGCCCCCGGUGCCAGCCCGGCGCCUGCUGCCCAGAAGCCCGGAUCCAUCGCCAUCAGGGGCCGAUCUGGUGUUCCCGCCAUGCACGCUGGUCUCAUGCCCAACGGUCGCGUUGUCUUCCUUGACAAGGUCGAAAACUACACUGAGCUCAAGCUUAGCAACGGCCAGUACGCCUACUCUUCCGAGUACGAUCCCGUCACGAACAAGGUUGUUCCCCUCGCCUACAAGACCAAUGCUUUCUGCUCUGGAGGUAUCUUCCUUGCCGAUGGCCGCUUUGCCUCUUUGGGUGGUAACGCUCCUCUUGAUUUCAUCGACAAGACUGUUGGCGACGGCUUCCGCGGCAUUCGCUUCCUCAAGCGCUCCUCGACUGAUGCUUCUCUCAACGGACAGGCCUGGGACGAGCCCGGCACCCACCUUGACACUCCCCGCUGGUACGCUUCUGCUCAGAUCAUGCCCGACGACACCAUCUUUGUUGCAUCCGGCUCCAAGAACGGUCUCGACCCCAGCAAGCCUGAGAACAACAACCCCACGUACGAGAUCCUCAACGCUGACGGUACUCCUCGCGGCAAGAGCAUCAGGAUGGAGCUGCUUGUCAACACCCAGCCCUACUACAUGUACCCCAUGAUGCACUUGAUGAGGGACGGCAACCUUUUCGUCGCUGUUGCCAAGUCGGCCGAGAUCUUCAAAGUCGAGACUGGAACCGUCGUCCGUAAGCUGCCCGACAUCCCCGGUUCCUACCGUACCUACCCCAACACUGGUGGAUCCGUCAUGCUUCCUCUGACCAAGGCCAACAACUACAAUCCCGACAUCAUCAUCUGCGGUGGUGGUCCUUACCAAGACAUUACUGCUCCCGCUGACCCAUCUUGCGGCCGCAUCAGGCCCCUUGAUGCCAACCCAGAGUGGGAGAUGGACUCGAUGCCCGAAGGCCGUGGUAUGGUUGAGGGUACUCUCCUUCCCGAUGGUACCGUCGUCUGGGUCAACGGUGCUCAGCAGGGUGCCCAGGGUUUCGGUGUUGCUCGCGACCCUGCUCUUGAGGUCCUUCUCUACGACCCCAACCAGCCCAAGGGCAAGCGCUUCACCACUGGCCCCAAGUCUACCAUUCCCCGUCUCUACCACAGUGUUGCUCUCCUUCUUCUUGACGGUACUCUUCUCAUCUCUGGUUCCAACCCGGUUGAGAUGCCCGUUCUUACUCCCUCCACCCAGAACCCCUUUGUGACUGAGUUCCGCAACGAGAUCUACACUCCUCCUUACCUCCAGGGCAACCCUACCCGUCCUACCAACGUCCAGAUCUCCAACAAGUCUCCCAAGGUUAGAUCCACCUUCAACAUCAAGUUCACUGCGCCUCCCAACGCCAAGCAAUGCAAGAUCACGCUCUACUACGGUGGAUUCGUCACCCACUCUAUCCACAUGGGCCACCGUAUGAUUGCCCUGGAGUUCACUGGCUUCCAGGCCGGUGCCGCCAGCCAGAGCAUCACCGUCACGAUGCCUCCUGACAAGAGCAUCGCUCCUGCCGGUCCCUACGUCAUCUACGUUCUCGUUGAUGGUGUUCCCUCGAUUGGCCAGUUUGUGCACGUCUCGUAA